GAGUAAUUUCUAACUUCUAAAAAAUAAAUAAAGAAAAAAAACCUGAUUUAAGUGGGAUUGGGCGAUUGACCUUCUAAUCUUUAUUGAUUUUGGUUGUAUCUUUACCCCCUAGAAGUUGCUGUGGUGGCUUCUUUUUGCUGAGGUCGGAAGUCCGUCGGUCCGUCCAGAGAGGGAGAGGCUACCGAUCGACUGUAAGGAUCGAAGAAGCUAAUCGGCUAUCGCCAGAUCCGGAGAUGUGUGGAUGAAUAGAUGGACUGCUGGUUUGGCCGUUUGGGUAUUAGCAUUAGAUCCCUAAUUCCGUACGUAGAAAGAGAUGCAUUUGUCGCGAGAAUGGGAAGAAGAAGCGAUGCAGAGAAUGAGACGAAGAAGAAGCCGCGGAAAUGUGAAGUGAGAGCCGAAUUCCACCUCCUCCGCCACUCCUCUGCUAUCCCCGACACCUCCGACCUCUGCCUCUCCCUCCGUCUCCUCAGCCGAUUUCAAAUUCUUGGACUAGUUUCAGAAAACGACGGCAUUUUGGACAGGAUCGGAGGUUUGGUGACCAAUCGCGCGGAAUUGUUGAUGAUGCCGGAGAGUCGUGAGGAUUCGGUCGCCCACGAGGUGUUUGAGAAAAUCAAAGAAGGCGCCAGAGCUAUGGCAGCUGCAAGGAGGAUGCUACUAAAUUCGGAGUCGCCUUUGGCUGGAGCCUGCAAUUUAGAGGAGGCUGUGCUUUGCUUGGUGCUAACUAACGCCGUGGAGGUGCAGGACAGUGCAGGGUGCAGCGUUGGAGUAGCUGUUUAUGGUCAGAGCUUCUCUUGGAUCAACCAUGGCUGCUCUCCCAAUUGUUCUUACAGGUCUUCAACAAUUCCUGGCACCAUCUCCGCUAUGCCUUGGCGUAUGCAUCCGAAGUACACAGAUGGUGAUGGUGGAAAUGGAAGUGAACCUAUCAACACACGCCCUAGUCUCGAAUUCUUAUCAUCACCGGGAACUGGGGAAGAAUGUGGCCCGAGAUUGAUUGUUCGCAGCAUAAAGGAUAUCAAGAAAGGAGAAGAGGUGCUUAUAACCUACACAGACUUGUUACAGCCUAAGGGGAUGAGACAAUCUGAGCUGUGGUUAAAGUACCGAUUCCGUUGCUGUUGUGAUAGAUGUAAUGCUAAGACAUAUGUGGAUCAUAUUUUGGAGGAACUUUCUUUUAAGAAUCUUGAAUGUUCAUCUUUGACCACUAGUGGCAAGUUUAAUUGGGAUUUUACCAUGGAGAAGUUGGUUGAAUGGUUCGAUGAUGCGGUAGACGAUUUUCUGACAUCCAACAACCCCAUAUCAUGUUCUUCAAAGCUCGAGAACUUGCUUACUUAUGGCCAUCUUGUAGAAGAUAAAUGUCAUUUGCUCAAGCUUCAUCCCUUUCACCAUCUUUCUUUAAAUGCCUACACUGUUCUUGCCUCGGCCUAUAAAGCCUUGGCAAGUGAGCCUUUGCCUUCUAAUCAUGGGAAUGAUAUGUGCCGACUCAAGUCUCUCGGUUUUAGCAAGGCCAGUGCUGGCUACUCCUUGUUGCUCGCAGGUUCAGCUCACCAUUUGUUCCUCUUUGAGCCUUCUCUUAUAGUCUCUGCUGCUACAUUUUGGACAGCUGCUGGCGAGGCCUUGCUAAGCCUUGUUACAGAACAUGUCCCAUUCUCAAGCCAAAGUUGUGACAAAUGCACGACGCUUCACAAACGAGAUUUGAACUUUGAACUCCAAGAAAUGACCCAGCAGUUCAUGAACUGCAUCACAGAUUAUAUACCAAAAGUGUGGCAUAUUCUCGCGGAGGAGGGCCCAUUUUUGAAGCUAGUCAAGGACCCCAUCGACUUCAAAUGGAUUGGAAGCACCGAGUUCUCAGUAUUGGAUCCACCUGUCCAUGUUGCUGACAGCUCUGAAUUGAAGUCCAGUGCAGAAACUGAAGGUGUGGAUCUUAAUCAUGGAAGAGAAUGUCUGUUUCAAGUUGGUUUACAUUGCUCAUUAUAUGGAUCAUUUUUGUCAAGUGUAUGCUCCGCUAGCUAAUUAAAGAUCACUGGCAGCAGUUUGGCAUUCAAGAAGCAGACGGUGGUGCUCCGGGAACGGGUGCAGGUGGGCCACAGUAGUGGCGGAGGAUGUCGGCCUCCUCGGCGGUGAAGCCAAUGGAAGUGAGCAUGGAAGGCCAGCAGCCGUACAUGAUGGUACGUAUGGACUUGCAACAGUCUUUCCCCAAAUACGCCUCCCCGUUGAAGAAGAAAAGUAUGAUCUCGUUUGUGCACGCCUUCAGCUCCACCAACGCGGCCCAGCACUGACCCGCCGCACCACCACCUCCGGCAUCUAGUCUUUCAGCAAUUCCGUAGCCUGCAGUGGCGGCCCAAUUCACAUCCGUCAUCGCCGGCCCCUCUGCCGCCGCUAAAAGAACCCACGGCAGUGCUGCUGCUAGUAUGAGUGGGAGUAGUAGCUUCAUAUCUUUUGUUUAGCAAUGAAAUGAAAAUCUCCAACUUCU